AUGCCUCCCUCAGCUUUCGUGGCUGUAGCGUCCUGCCUGGCAGCCUUGGCCCAUGGCUAUGCCAACCCGGGGUCAUGUUCCGGAGCUUGUAACGUUCAUGAUCCUGCCCUGAUUCGAAGACAGUCUGACGGAAAGUACUUUCGAUUCUCUACUGGCAAUAAGAUCUCCUAUGCGUCAUCCUCUUCCAUUCAAGGUCCAUGGACUGUGCUAGGCUCCGUAUUGCCGAGCGGAUCGUCGAUCAACCUGGCUGGAAAAGACGAUCUUUGGGCACCGGAUGUCUCCCUCGUCAACGGUGUCUAUCAUGUGUAUUAUUCAGUCUCAACCUUUGGAUCCCAAUCCUCCGCCAUCGGUCUCGCAACAUCCUCAACCAUGGACUUGAACUCAUGGACCGACCAUGGUUCGACCGGUAUCCAGUCCAGUUCCUCAAAGCCGUACAAUGCGAUUGAUGGCAACCUCUUCAACGACGGGGGAACCUAUUACAUGAACUUUGGCUCCUUCUGGCAUGACAUCUAUCAGGCACCCAUGAACUCGGCCGCAACGACUGUGACAUCCUCGUCCUAUAAUAUCGCCUAUAACCCCUCUGGAACCCACGCUGUCGAAGGAGCAUUCAUGUAUAAGUAUGGCAGUUACUACUAUCUCUUUUUCUCUGCCGGGAUCUGCUGCGGCUAUGACACGUCCAGGCCGGCAUCCGGGCAAGAGUAUAAGAUCAAAGUCUGCCGGUCUACCUCAGCGACUGGUAAUUUUGUUGACGCUAGCGGUGUCGCUUGCACGAAUGGUGGCGGCACGGUUGUCCUCGAAAGUCACGGAACCGUAUACGGACCUGGUGGACAGGGUGUCUUCACUGACCCGAGCCUUGGCCCUAUCCUUUACUACCACUAUGUCGAUACCACGAUCGGCUAUGCAGAUGGCCAGAAGCGCUUUGGAUGGAAUAAAAUUGAUUUCUCUAGCGGAUGGCCAGUCGUGUGA